AUGCCACUCGACGAUAAAUGGGAAGAACUUCAACGACGCAAAUCCUUCGCUUUGGCACGCUUCGAACGUUUUUCAGCCGGACAUCACGGUUAUUCCUCCCGCAAGGCAAUGGACCAAGAGGCGCGAAUAGCCGCCCUUCAGGAGGUGGAGGCACGGUUGAAAGAGGCCGAGGCAGGCGUGGAGGAGUGGAAGGAGAAGGAAGAAGACGAGUUUGCGGAAGAAAGUGCCUCCCUUCCCCAGGCGAAAGAAGCCCUGGCCUCUUUCACUGACCAAAAGGAGGCUGCCUUGAAGGAUCUUGCUGCUCUAGAGGCUGAGAUGGAGGCCGCAGAGAGGGAAAAGGAGAAGAGAGAAAGUAACGGGCAGUGGGAAGAAUUGGAGCCGGUGGAGGAGGAGGAGGAAGAGGAGCUGCGUCGCCUGUGCCCAGACAGCUACCGGACGAUGCUAGAUGCCUCCCGGGAGGAGGAAGGGGUCCGAGACCUGCACGAGUACUUGGGUGUAAUUGGCCAGGAAACCAGCCGACGGGCUCAUCGACUUGCAUUUGAUCUCUACCGGAAAUGCCGCUCCUUGAAGGGUUUGCGCCGAUUUGCGUCCCUUUUCAGUUGCCCGGCACCGGAGCUUGGCGCAGCUUUGCACGCAAGUAGCACGAGUGGAGGGGAUUUGGACGAACAGCACCGCCCCUUAAUUCCCACCCCGAACAUGUAUCCCGAGAACGCCGCCGCCGAAUACACGACCCCAAGUCUGCCUAAGUACGAAGAAGUCCUUCGGGCUGCCAAGCACAUGCUGGCCAUGGAGCUUGCCCACGAGCCUCGCCUCCGCGCGUGCUUCCGACAGAUUUACCGCGCCGAGGCGACUUUGACUACGCAUCCCACUCUCAAGGGCCACAAUGAAAUCACGGAUCAGUUCCACCGGCUCCAUGGCUUCCAAUUCAUCAACAAGAAGCCCCUCUACGAAUUCUUGCAACCCCCGAGCGACUCCCAGCCCGACCUCUUCCUCAGGAUCAUGCAAGCUGAGCGGGAAGGUUUUAUCACUUUCACCAUCGACGCUCCUGCCAAUACGGCCGCUGAAUCGACCAGCUGGACCCCGAAUGGGAGCUCGGCCUGGCCUAGUCUUCUCCAAACCUUGGAGGGACUCUAUAUGCCUUACCGAACGGCCUCUCUCGACACCAGCCUUGUGGACGCCUGGAACGAGCAGCGAAAGGAUAUUCUCUCGCUUACCCUUUCUUCCCACAUCUUGCCCAUGUUGGAGGCGGAAGUGAAGCGGGAAAUGGCGCGAAAAGCUCAAGAAGCUGUCGUUGCUGCUGCGGCAGAUGCUUUGCGGGAAGUAGUCAAUACAGGCACCUACAUGCCUCAAUAUAGGAAUAUCAAUUGCGCUCUCAUCCCACCAUUCGAGGAUUUUCAGCUUCGGCUCUCCCAACGAUUUCCUUUCGAGCUGACGCCUUUGUCCUCCUCGUCUCUGGAAGUGGUGGCCGUCUUCCAGGCGUCCUCGCGCCAAGAGGCGUCCUUCGCUGUCUCCGUGGGGAGAGACGGGGCAGUGCGGGACUAUGUCAUGCUCCCUCCUCUGCGGUCUGGCUACGACGGCGACGCUGACCAGCGAGAUAAACUCCAGAAGAUCAUAGUAGAGGCCAAGCCGGCUGUUGUGGUGGUAAAUGCCGUGGUGGGCGGCUAUGAAGCUUUGCGGAUGAAAGAGCGUCUCGCCAAGGUGGUCGACAACGUGGCUCGCUUGUACCAACAUGGAGAGCUAGCUGCCGAGGAUGAAGAAGGGUGGGAACCCUGCGAGGUCCUCCUGAUUGACGAUCAUCUUGCCAGUGUUUAUGCCCGCUCUCCUCGCGUCAAGAAAGAAUUCACAGAUUACCACGAUAACUUGCGAAUCGCCAUCGGCAUGGCGCGACAAAUGCAGGUCCGUAUCCCUGCUCCCCCCUUCCCUUCGUAUCUACCCCCAUUCACCUGCUUGUCUCCCUUCUUUUACCCACUCCAGGACCCGCUUGCUCUGGUCACUCUCAUAUACGCUGCCCAAGAUCCUAGGGGAGGGCGUUUCGGCGGUCCUGGGUACCAGCUUUCGUAUCUCUCUCUGCAUGACCUCCAGGACCAAGUGAACCCUCAUGAGCUGUCUCGGCGGUGGGAAGAGGUGCUGGUCGACGCGGUCAACGACGUGGGGGUGGACUUGAACAAAAGCAUCUCGAGCCUUCACUUAGCCGGUCUGCUCCCUUUCGUUUCGGGGCUGGGUUUUCGCAAGGCCAACGCCUUGCGUGCCGCCAUUCGAAACACUCACGGGAGCCUCGUGGUAUCUCGAGCCCAGCUGAUCGAGGAAGGACUACUCACGCCCAAGGUGUACGAGAACGCCGCGGGUUUCCUUCGCAUCCGGGUCCCUCAUUUGAUGGGAGAGGAUGGGGUGGAAGAGGAGGACGCCAUGGAUCUGUAUGAAGAAGAAGGCAGUCGAAGGAGAGGGAGGAAGAAGAAAGGGCGCGGGGAGGGCCGAGGGGAACGGAAGGUAAAUCUCCUGGAUAAUACACGCAUUCACCCGGAAUGCUACCUAACGCAUGAAUGGGUGGGGAAAGUGAUUCGAGACGCCAUGGAGCAGGCAGACCCAACCAUGGGCAUCAACGAACUUGUUCGCUUGGUUAUGCAGGAUUCAUUCAAAAUCCUCCUCGCCACCCUCUGCCCUCCCUCGGAACAAGGACGGCCCAUCGACCGCCUCCUCGUCGCGGAGAUCCCGGACGAGCUUGCGAGUCUCAAUUUGGAGGAGUUUGCGAAUUACCUGGAGAACACGGGAAAUGGAAAACACUAUCAGCAAAUGGACCAGAUCAAACAGGAGCUGAGGUUUCCGUUCCGCGAUCCCAGAGCGCCCUUCAGGGGCAUAAGCGAAGACAAGCUGUUUGAGCUUGUCUCUGGAGAGACUGAUGCGACGCUCCGAUCGGGCAUGCCGGUGACGGGUCGCGUCUGGAAGGUGGACGAGAACGCGGCGCGCGUCCGCCUGGACCAAUGUGUAGUGACUGGCUACUUGCACCGCUCUCGCUACCCGAACAUGCAGCGAGACAUGGACUUCGAGGCAAUGGUGCCUGUUGAUACACCCGUGGAAGGGGUUGUGACGGAGAUUGAGAAAAGCCGGAUCUCCGUCCGCAUUUCCUGCCUUGCCGAAGACCUGACGGCCAGGGACUGGCCUCGCCCCCCCUCGCUGCCUCCCUUGGACCGUCACUUCGACGAAGCGCGGGCCCUGAAAGAGUACGAAGAGCGGAGGAGGAAGAUCGAAGAGAAGGUCCGUCUGGCCAAGGAGGGCAAGCUCCGCUUGUCGCGUCGACAGCGCAAGGUGGACGACGAGCGGUGGCGCACGGUCAAUCACCUGGAGGCAGAGAAAGUGCUCAAGCAGCAGGGCAAGGUUGGGGAAUGGCUUUUUCGGCCUUCCGGUUCGGGUUCUAUUUCCCUUUCGUGGCUGGCGUUGGAGGAUUUGGUGUUGCACAUUCCUGUGAAAGAGGAGGAAAAGGAAGCCGGAGACGCCGUCGGGAAAAAAUUGACCGUGCAAGGGAGGGUUUAUCAGGAGCUGGACCAAAUCGUCGCCCAAUACAUCCAGCCCAUGAACGAUCUGAUCGACUCGGUCACGUCCCACCGGAAGUUCCGACGCAUGGCCAAAGAACAGGUGGAAGCCGAGUUACGCGCGUCGAAGAAGAAACAUCCGUCGCAGCGAUGA